AUGUCUCAGUCUGCUCAAAAGGCGGUGACCCAAACCUUCCUCCGUCGGUACGUGAACAAGGAAACAAUGAAGUACAUGCUCACAACACAUUUCUGGGGCCCUGUAUCCAACUUUGGGAUUCCAUUAGCUGCGAUUUACGAUCUCAAAAAGGACCCUGAAAGAAUCUCGGGCCCAAUGACAACGGCUCUGAUCCUGUAUUCUGGCGUGUUCAUGAAAUUCGCACUAACGGUACAGCCCAAAAACUAUCUGUUAUUCGGAUGCCAUGUGGUCAAUUCGUUGGCGCAGACGGGCCAGGCGUUCCGUUAUGUCAACUACCAUUUUCUAGGUGGUCAGGAAGCUAAGGCCAAGGAAGAAGCUGCCCUAAUCCCCGUUGCAAAAGAAGAGUGA